AUGGGCUCAAUUGCCUUAUUGGCCAGAGAACUUGGCCACAAGGUGACCGGUGCUGAUGAAAACUCUCAUCCACCAAUGAGCACAAUGCUUGAAGCACAUGGCAUUGAGAUCAUAUCUAACUAUUCCGUAUCUCAACUAACUCCAAGACCCGAUUUGGUGAUCGUGGGCAAAACGAGAGCUCUAGCUAGAGGCAAUCCGAUCAUUGAAUACAUAAUGAAUGAGAAGAUUUCAUUUGUUUCUGGACCUCAAUGGAUAUAUGAAAGCAUUUUGAAAGAUCGUUGGGUGAUCGCUGUUUCGGGAACUCAUGGGAAAACAUCAACCACAUCGAUGAUCGUGUGGAUCAUGGAGAAAGCCGGCUUAAACCCCGGGUAUUUGAUAGGCGGUGUCCCUGUGGGCCUUCCUGGUUCAAGUCGUCUCAGCCAAGAAUCACCAUAUUUUGUGAUCGAAGCCGACGAGUAUGGGACGGCUUUUUUCGAUGAACGCCCAAAGAUGUUGCUCUAUUACCCGAAAACGCUGAUCAUUAACAAUCUUGAGAUGGAUCACGGGGAUUUCUAUGAAACAUUAAAGGAGAUCGAGAUCCAGUUUGAUAAUCUCGUCAAAAUGAUCCCAAGCAAUGGAUUGAUUGUGCAUCCAACUGGAAGUGCUGCAAUUGAUAGAGUGAUUAGUGAUGGAUGCUGGACGAGAAGGGAGACAACUGGAGGAAAUGGAAAUCCAAUGCCGGCUGGUUUAAAAGCUUUUACAAGUGAGGGAGUGGUUGCCGAUGUGAUCCCCGUUCCACCAAAAUGUGUCCUUGAUGUCUCCUACAAUAGUGGGGCAAAGACCGAUUUUGGAAAUGAAUUGACGCCGACCCAAGUCAAGGACAAGCCAACAGUCACCUGGGAAAGCGAGGCCAACGCUUUGUACACCUUGAUUUUGACGGAUCCGGAUGCGCCAUCUCGAGCGAAUCCAGCUAUUCGUGAGUGCAUGCAUUGGGUUGUUGUAAACAUUCCCGGCAGUCACGUAGAUCAAGGUGACGAGGCGGCCGAAUAUAUUGGAUCUGGAGCUCCAGAGGGCACCGGCCUUCACCGUUACGUUUUCCUUCUAUACAAACAAAACGGAAAAGUCGAUGCUGGUUUUAAGAUUCGAAAAAACUCCGCUGAAGGCCGAAAAAAUUGGAGUGCUGCCGCUUUUGCUGAAAAACAUCAUUUAAGCUUAGUGGCCGGGAAUUUCUAUCAAGCUCAAUACGAUGAUUAUGUGCCCAUUUUGCACAAGCAACUUUCUGGACAG